AUGGCCGCCGAAAGACCCGACAAGAAGGAGAAGAAGGACAAGAAGCGCAGCGAAGACUCUGGCGUUGCCAAGCCCAAGAAGGAGAAGAAGGACAAGAAAGAAAAGAAGGAGAAGCUGGCUGCUGCUCUGGACGAGAAACUGCAGCAGGAUGCGGCUGCUCAGAGCAAGACUGUGAAUGAGGACGACGAUUCUGACAUGGAGGACCAGAAGGCUGAGGAGGUGCCGCUUGAGAGGACGGUUGUUCCGUUUGCGGUGCCGCUGGCUGAUGAGAAGGGCAUGAAGAAGGUGUACAAGACUAUCAAAAAGGCUGCCAAGAAUGGUACCCUUAAGCGCGGCGUCAAGGAGGUUGUCAAGACGCUCCGAAAGUCACCUGCCUCCGCCCCCGGAAACACUUCCUUCCCCGGCGUCGUUAUCAUCGCUGGCGACAUUUCUCCCCAGGACGUCAUUUCGCAUCUGCCCGUGCUUUGCGAAGACCACAACGUUCCCUUCAUCUUUGUCACGUCACGAGCCGAGUUGGGUGCUGCUGCCAAGACCAAGCGACCUACUAGUGUGGUCAUGAUCAUGGAGAAGCAGGAUGGCAAGAAGAAGGCCGCCAAGGAGGCCGACAAGGAUGAGGACAGUGAGUCAUUUGGCGAGGCGUAUGCUUCGUUGGUCAAGUUGGUGCAGAAGGAGUACUCGAAGCAGUCGUUCUGGACAAAGGGCGAGUCCAAGGCAUAG